AUGAGCGAGGACACGUUUCAGCAUCUUCUCUACGCGUCAGAGUGUUGGAACUGCGGGACGUCGGACAUCCGCACGAUCGUCUACGGCUGUUUUGUCCGUCUCUGCUCACCCUGCAUUCAGGAAAGAACCGUUUGGUAUGCAGAAGCUUCAAUUAAAGCAGACAUGCUCGACGACAGUGGGACUCUGUCCCGCAUGUUUUCUCGCAUCAGCAGGAUGAUCGAAAUCUGCGGAUCAGAUCCAAACCCACAACGCGCUCGCCUGUUGAUCGACUACGUUGACCAUAUUUUCGAGCAAGCCGCGGCGCUUCCCACUCCUUUGACUUCCGAGGACUUGAGCGAAUUUGCUGAGGAGGUAGUGGCGGACUACGCAUCUCGCCUAUGGUACGCUCCUGCCAUAGACGUCUGGGUGAAUGAGCAAGAACGACAGAGGCAGGUCUCCUUGACCGAGGCCAGGAACCAGUGCUUCGAAGACACUCUCAUCAGAUUACGAAACGUCGGCUGGGAGAAGGAGCUCGACUUUAUGGGCGCAAAGGAAAUCGAAGUUAUGUCGGGCUUGCCCGUGUUCCGGCAGCCAUUUAAUGUGACCGAAGAGUUCGUAUGGCAGAUGGUACAGACUAUGGUCCGCGGAUUCCUGAAAAGCGUCCGGCAAAAACGCAUUCAGAAGGAGUAUCGGGACCUACUCAAGACGCGGUUCGAUGCACUCGAGGAGGCCCUCACGGCGCACUACGUGACACUCCCACGGACUGUACAAAUGGACUGCCGUCCGAAGUACGUGGACUUCGCGUUCGCGCCCGAGUGCAGGGAGAUUGCAGAUGCUCCAGCGUCCCAAAAUAUCACCGCGGCGCACUUCGCGGCCGUCAUUCCGUCCCUCACACGGAAAUGGGACACCGAGUGCAAGAAGCAACUCACCGCAUACCUCCGACCGCACAUCGGCAAAGUCGGCGCCGGUGUGGACCCGCUCUCGCUCGCAAUCGCGGUCUUCAAGGUCAACAAAGAACGGGCGUGCGUCGCGCCUAUUGGGUCCAUGCGGUACCCAAAUAUUCUCGCCCACGACUGUCUCUUCUCCCACUGCGUACGUGGGGCUCGUUGCAAGAAUGCGGAGGCGUUACGACAGGAGGAUUCCUACACACGCGCAGUGCUUUCCUUGGAGUGGUCGCCCCACCGGUUCGAAGACCUCGAGGAACACCCAGACCGGAGCAUUAGUGUCCAGACUCCAUUUCAUCUCGACGGACUGGCCGACUGUCGUGAAGCCGGCGACGCAGUGAAGAGCAUGCGCAGGAUUGUGUCCGCGCUCGGACUAGACCCUAUGCGAGCGACAUUUGACCACUUGGAGCGAUGCGACGUGUGGCUUCGAUGUGUUACAUGCGAGACGGAAGAUCCGCACGACGUCGUCUGGGCGCGGUCGUGGAGAGAGGCAUACGAUCACGAUCAGAGCCAUAUCACUACUGAGAGUGUGUGCGAUUUCGGCAGACGAAGCGCCACGGUCGCGACUGAAGAAGCCAGAAGGAAGGCUCCACAGUGGCGGUGCGUCAACGAGGAAGACAUGGAGAAGGUGCGGACCCUCAGGGAGGAUGAACACCUGAGAGCGCGCUUCGAAAACUCCGCCCUCUGGUCGUGCUCACUCUGCCCCACGUUCAACGCGAUCUGGACAGGGAUGUCUGCCCAUCUCGAGGAGACCCACAAGAUCACAAACACCUUCCAGGCGAGGCUCGACAGAGUCGUCUACCUUCAUCCGAACACUACGGCGGAGUCUGCAGCGUUUAGGGGUGCGGUCGCAUUACGUGGACGUACAGACUCGCGGACCGGUCUCCUCAUUGUGAUGGAGAGCUCGCACCCAGGCUGCUCUUGA